GUCACUCCCGGAAGUUUUUGUUUCCUCGUCUGUCAGCUCUGUCAAGGUGUAUGGGUCCAGCAUCACCCCAUUGUUUUCCUGUGAAAUACGUGGCUGUUAUCCAUAAGAAAUGGUAUUCCCAUCGUGAUCACCCGACCUCCAAGUGAGGACGACGUUUUACACGGUCUGUGCUGCAUAGUAAGCCUGUGCAGCCAUGGAGCCCCUGACUGUGGAUGAUGACAUCUGCAUCCUUAAGCACGAGACAGCCUACACUGCUGCUGGAGAGAGCCCCGUAUCGGUGUGUGCUGGCGAUGAAUCUGUAGCUUCUCACUUUGCCCUCGUCACAGCCUAUGAGGACAUCAAGAAGCGGCUGAGAGAGACAGAGCGGGAGAACACCUUGCUAAGGAAACGCGUCAAGCAGCUGGAGGACAAGCUCUUCCGGCCUGAGGCACCUCCAUCAGAGGGUCCGCAAUAUGUGAACAAGGCCUUCAGCGCAUAUCGAGGUAUCUAUAUUGAAAAGGAGGACCUGCAGAUGGAGCUUAACAAACUGAAAAAAGAGAAGAAUGAGAGUGAGCGGCUUCUGACAGAGCAGCUCCAAAGCAAAGAGCUGGAACUGCUUCAGCUGAGGACGGAGAUGGAGACCAGCCAAGUGAUGAAGAGCCUGAACAGCCCCCAAAACUACUGGCAGGUGGACUGCAUCAGUGCCGAGCGAAAGAUUCACAAACUUCAGGAGGAACUGGAGAGGUUGACACUGGAAAACAACAGACAUCUGGAGAGGAGUGCGGAGGACGUCUGUGGCCUCAAUGGACCAAAGGUGGAAACGAUAUGUGAUGAGAAGUUCAUUGCCAGAGAGAAAGGCAUGCAGCAGGCGUACGAGGCUCUGUGCUCUGAGAUCAGCCGUCUACAUUCAGGGCUGAGGCACCAAACGGGCCUGAUUCGGAAGCUCAGACCAUUGAUCAGUGAGACAAGACAAGUUCCAAUCCAGUGUCUGGAGGACGUGGAGAUCAACCACCAUCCAGUUCUCCGAGCCCCGGUACCCCGACCCCCGAGUGCCCCACCGCUGCCCUCUAGUUGUGGGCGCCCUUGUCCCCCCGUCGGCGGUCCAAGCAGCACUCUGCUCCCGGACAGUUUGAGGGAAGACUGCUGGUACAACGGUCCGUGGCCGACGCAGCAGUGCUCCGGAGAAGCUUUGGUCGGGAAUGAGACCUCGUCUGUCGUUUUGCCCCCGCCUCCUCUUAACCAGGCCUCCAUAGAUGACAGCUCACGGUCCUUCCCCAGUCCGCCCAAGCCCAGCGAUGCCCUGUUCUGGGAGGGGCACCUGGCUGCCUCCAGUUCAUCAUCCUCAAUCGGAACCUGCAGCCCUCGGAGCCCUCCUAAUACAGAGUGGGUCAAGCCCUUCUGAGGGGAACCUCAACACAGCGUGACUGAACCUUUCCAAGCCUGCCACAUUGCUACCACCUGAUCUGCCUUAAAUUGAUAAGAUCACUCUUUUCUGAGCUGGACUACCACCUGUGGAACUACCUGAAGGCGAGAAGAGGCCUUUGGAACACCUGUCGGCUCCACACUGAUGACCACAUCCCAUAAUUCAGACGAUGAUUAUGAAGGACCCGGUCCAUCCAUGGUACGCGUGUCCUUUCCUUUUUGUGUGCCUGUGUCUGCAGAGCAACGUGCGGUCGUGUGGACCCUCGAUGCUUCCAUCACGUCAUUAGAGAUCAUCUUUCGCAGGGACCACAACCACGAGCAUAGUCCUAGAACCCGAUCCACAUUGUUCCUUCAUGCAACUACGUAUGUACACAUUUAAUCUCCGUAACGUACAAACUAUAGACUCGUUGGCCUCAUGAUUGUAUGGAGGAUUCUAGGAACGAGGCCUUGGUGUUUGAUAUGUAUUUGUGUUGUGAUGGAGAACUUUAGCCCAAAGCUAACACAGCAAAGGAUACUGAAUACACGUGCUUCAGUAGAUGCA